CCGCGCUUAGGGGUGGACAACAUUCUCGUGUCCGACCGAAACCGGGCGACCCAGCCCAUUGAAAACCGACUCGGGUCAGGCUGAAACGGGUGACGGGUCUCACGGUGAUUUACUGUGAACUAGAGUUUAAACCGGUUCAACUCGGCCGUCGUAUCCGACAAACCGCCAAAACCGAAACCGAUCAAACCGUUGAGACUAAACAGACGGAGAAGGGUGGGAAUUUGUCACCCGCGGUUUGCUUCGGAAUGAGAUUUUUCAUCCGAAAUCCGACCCCGUUGUCCACCCCUACCGCGCUAUAUGUCGCGCCGGUGUUCGAAGAAAACCCUCGAAAUGAGAAAUUGAACUAACUUUCCCAAAUUUUUCACUUUCUUUCGUUCUCUCUCGCGCCCCUGCUCUCUUUGUACGCCGCCGUCCGCCGUCCUGUCUCUUCACCGUUCCUCAACAGGAGCUAACUCUCUCUCUCUCUAGCACCAAAAUUUGUGCCCCAGAAAACGGAUUGCUGGCUCCAGAUCUAUUAUCAGUAUUUUUAGGUGUUGUUAGGAUAUGAUCUAUGGCACUUGCAUCACAGCUUUGAAGUCAUUGAGUUUCAGAGCACUAGUUUUUCCGAACUCAUUGAAUUUUCAAGUGAAGUUGUCCUCCAAGUGUAGUCCUCGGCGGAUAAGAAUGGAAGCUGGUAACCUUAGUUGUAGCAUAGAGGGUAACAAGAAGGAGUCUAGAGGUGCCCUUAUUGUGCUAGAAGGUUUGGAUCGUUCUGGGAAAUCUUCCCAGUGUAGCAGACUAGUGUCCUACUUGGAGGGAGAAGGGCUCUCUGCCGAACUAUGGAGAUUUCCUGAUAGAACUACGAAUGUUGGGCAAAUGAUAUCUGCUUAUCUUACAAACGCAUCACAGUUGGAUGAUCAUACUAUUCACCUUCUUUUUAGUGCUAAUCGUUGGGAAAAGAGGUCAUUGAUGGAAACAAAAUUGAAAAGUGGUACAACCCUUAUUGUUGACCGUUAUUCUUAUUCUGGGGUGGCUUUCUCCUCUGCCAAGGGACUGGACAUUGACUGGUGUAAGGCCCCAGAAAACGGAUUGCUGGCUCCAGAUCUAGUAGCAUACCUUGACAUAUCACCAGAUAAAGCUGCAGAAAGAGGAGGGUAUGGUGAUGAGAGAUAUGAAAAGUUGGAAUUCCAGCAGAAAGUUGCAGAACAUUACAAAGUUCUUCACGAUGCCUCAUGGAAGAUUGUAGACGCUUGCCAACCCAUACAAGACGUGGAGAAACAGUUGCAAGAGAUUGCACUUGCUUGUGUCAAACAAUGCCAACAGGGGAAGCCCCUCUCCUCCUUGUGGUCGACAUAGACAUGCACUAUUGAAAGAGAUGACAUGUAUGAACAAAUAUGCCAUAUAAAUUAUGUACACCGAACCUCAUUUAUGAAUAAUUCCGGUUGGUUCACAUUCACUCCCACAUAACAAUGUCAAAUUUGUUUGCCAAGUAAUUUGAAGACGGCUUGGAGACUUUUUAAUAUGCUCAAGUUGAAAGGAAUGUACAGUUCCUGAUUCAACAAUUAUCAGAACUUUCUCUACCCGGACGAGGUCCAAGUUUUAUUGUGCCUAAAUUUUACCAAGACUAGCAUUUGGCCUGCUUCAAGAGUGUUUCAUGUAUGUGUUACCACAGAAAAUAUAUUACGAGAAAAAGUCGAAUUGGUCCAAAGAUUUUUAUUAAUCGAUAAACUGCUACCCUUGUUUAUGUGUCUUGAGAGCCACUUGUUUGUUUUAUUAAAUUUUGUUUAUGUGCA